ACUCAUCCCAGCAACAAUUCCUUCUUUUUCUCCAUCGUUUGGUACCGGAGCCAUGUCUCAGACUGUUGUUCUUAAGGUUGGUAUGUCAUGUCAAGGCUGCGUUGGAGCAGUGAAGAGGGUUUUAGGGAAAAUGGAAGGUGUAGAAUCAUAUGAUAUAGAUCUGAAGGAGCAAAAAGUGACGGUAAAAGGAAAUGUGCAGCCUGAUGCAGUUCUGCAGAUUGUAUCAAAGACUGGAAAGAAGACUGCCUUCUGGGAGGCAGAAGCUCCAGCAGCACCUGAGGCUAAGUCCGGGGAAGCACCAGCUGAAUCCGAGACAAAGCCUGCAGCAGCAGUGGCUAUUGCUUAAAUACUCUCUAUUAGCUUCAUGUAUUAACAUCUUAUUGUAUGGUGAACUCUCUAUGUCAUCACAUGUGCUGUAGGCUAUGCUUCAGAUAAACUUGGAAGCUAGUAACUACAAUAUCCUGUUGGGUGCUUGUCAUUUUACAUUCACUGUUGGUGUUUGAAUAUAAAGGCGAUCUUCUUGU